AUGGAUGAGGUCCCGAUGGAGGAGGCCCUGAUGGAUGAGGUCCUGAUGGAUGAGCUCCCGAUGGACGAGGUCCCGAUGGAUGAGGUCCUGAUGGAUGAGGUCCUGGAGGACGACUCGAUGGAUGAGGCCCCGAUGAAUGAGACCAUCCUGGUGUUUCAUGCGACGACAAUUGAUUGCAAAUCGGUGCUUCAAAACGGCUGUGUUUUCAAGCACGACGUCAAUAAAGAUGAGAUACUAGAUUGUGGAUAUAAAGUUCUAAGUGAAGCACCCAAGAUUCAUCAGGGAUGUCCCAAUCCAAAAACGAUAAAUAUUCAUGAUAGUAACUUGAAAACUCUUCCUCUUGACGUCUUUGAUCAUUUGGAGAAGCUGCAAACGUUAAGUUUACGUGGUAAUCAACUCACAACACUCUCUGAGAAGACUUUUAAAAAACUUCGACACUUGAAAAAACUUGACCUGAGUAAUAACGAUCUUCAUUGUGACUGUGGUCUUCGAUGGAUCACAGAAUCCAACAUCGAUGUUGUCGGCAAGUGUGCUACACCUUCUUUUCUUGCCAACAAAGAACUUAAGAAGGUUUCGUCCGCUGUACUUUGUGAUGUCGAUGAAUGUCGAGAUGCUGCUAACCCUGUUUGUGGUAGGCACUCAUCGUGUGAGAACACGCCUGGUUCUUUCAAGUGUGUUUGUGAUCGUGGUUUCCUUAGCGAAAACGAAAAGACCUGCUCAGAUAUUGACGAAUGUUCCACAGAUCAACACAACUGUUCAAUCCAAGCAACGUGCACUAACUUCCCAGGUGGAUUCAGGUGUAGUUGUAAUCUGGGUUACCUUGGUAACGGUCACUUCUGCUUGGAGACAACAGAGGUUUCCAUGGUGAAACGUUUGAUGCGAAAGAAUCGUGCGUUCAGCUUCCUCGUGGAGCGCAAACUCGUUCCGCAUGCUUUGAUAGCUGUAGCGAGUCUAUUCGUGUUGAUUCCUGUUAUGGUGUGUCUUUGCGUGUGUUGUUGUCAACGAAGGAGACUACGAAGGAAGUACAAGGGUUACGAGAGAGUUUCACCAAACGGUACCGAGGAACCGAGAAAACCCAAGCAAAGAACCCGGUUUUUCAGACGAAGGAAAGAGUGUCCCACGGGUUUACGGAAGACGUCUGAGAGGCGAGUCACAGUGGAUAAAGUGGAAGGAGUUCCUCGCUAUACAAGCGCUACUGCUCCUACUGCUCCUACUCCUCCUCCGCGUCCUCCAAGUACCUCUGCAACACCUCCACCACCUGCUCCAGCUCCUCCUCCACCUCCUCCUCCACCUCCUCCCAGUACCUCUGCACCACCCCCGCCACCACCCCCUCCUCCGGUUAAACGGCCGCCUAACGUUUGA